UGGACCCCACCCCCCUGCUGUCUCUCCCCUCUCUGCGCCCUGUUGCUCCCCGAUCUCUUGUGUUUUUCCUCUCCUCCCCUUGUUGUGAGAGAGCACACCUGCUUGAUUUUGGCUGAACACGUCCUGAUUUCAACAACCCCACAGGCCCUGUCAGCCUCUUCUUGGUCUCAUCCCCCCAUUUGACUGGAUUUUGGAAGUCAAGCUCCUCUCGUCGGCUUCCAGUCGUCUCGCCUGGCUUCUCCUGAAACAGGCUCUGCUAGCAGCACCAUGAAGACAGCCUGUCUCUCCCUGCUCCUGAUCACAUCCUGCUGGGCUCUGCCCUUCCACCAAACUGGCUUCUUAGACUUCAUGAUGGAAGAUGAGCCUGGAUCAGGUACACCUCCGCCACCAAAGGAACCAGAACUCCCUGAAAUAAGUGGACCUAAGUGCCCCUUCAGAUGCCAGUGCCAACGACGUGUGAUCCAGUGCUCGGAUCUUGGUCUGAAGACCAUUCCUGACGAUAUUCCCGAGGAUUCCUCCCUCCUGGACCUGCAGAACAACAAGAUUACUGAGAUCAAAGAGAAGGAUUUCAAGAACCUCAAAGGGCUACAGACUCUGAUCCUGGUGAACAACAAGAUCACUACCAUCCACCCCAAAGCUCUCACUCCUCUGAUCAAGCUGGAGCGCCUCUACCUGUCCAAGAACUUCCUGAAGGAGAUGCCCGCCAACAUGCCCAAGAGCCUGCACGAGCUUCGCAUCCACGAUAACGAGAUCACCAAAAUCAAAAAAGCUUCAUUCCAGGGCAUGUCUCAAGUCAUCGUCAUGGAGCUUGGGUCCAACCCUCUGAAGGGUGCAGGAGUCGAGGCAGGUGCCUUUUCUGACCUGAAAAGGGUUUCUUACAUCCGAAUUGCAGACACCAACAUCACAGAGAUUCCCAAAGGUCUGCCCAGCUCUCUCUCUGAGCUUCACCUGGAUGGAAACAAGAUCACCAAAGUGACGGCCGAGAGCCUGAAAGGCCUGAGGAACCUGGCCAAGCUUGGCUUGAGCUACAAUGAGAUCAGCACUGUGGAAAACGGCUCUCUCACAAACGUUCCACAUCUGCGGGAACUUCACCUGGACAACAAUGCUCUGACCGCAGUACCUCCUGGCCUGCCCGAGCACAAGUACAUCCAGGUGGUCUACCUCCACGCCAACAAGAUUGCUGUAGUGGGAACAGGAGACUUCUGUCCUCCCGGCUACAACACCAAGAAGGCCAUGUACUCCGGCAUCAGCCUGUUCAGCAACCCCGUUCCCUAUUGGGAAGUUCAGCCGAUCACCUUCCGCUGCGUCUUCGACCGCUCUGCCAUCCAGCUGGGAAACUACAGGAAGAAGUAGAGCCUUCACGGGGAGGAGUGUGUUUAUAGAUGGGCGAAUAAAGUUUUGUAAAUGUGUGUUAGACCAUAUCCCCACUUCCUCUUUCCAACACUCCACAAACGAUGAGGGUAUUAAUGUACACUCACAGCUCAACACUCUAAUGGACAUGGAUCUGAAACACAACAUAUUUUCAAUAUUUAGCUUCAAGGCUUAUCGCAAACAUUUGCGCACUAUGGUGACACUAGCACUUAUAACAUCAUUUAAGGAAACAUUAAGGUGAAUACAUACAUUCCAGUGUAUUUUGCAUGCUCUGAAAUAUCACAUGCAACUUUUUUUGAGAAAGAAACGAAGAGACGAAGCAAAAACAAAAGGAUUUUCAACCUACUCAACUAAAAUAAAUGGUCCAAAUCCCAGUUAGAUGGCUUUUUUUUUCAACUGAAGCUGGCCUGUAGAGCAGGCAGCACGGGUAACCUAUGUUUUAAACUACCGUUGGCUAAUGAUUUUCUAGAAUGUAUUAGAUUGUGAGUAAGAAGACAGUGUAACAUCAACAUUGUGAAAGAUUUUUCUAUUUGCUCUGACCUCAGUUCAAACAGAUAAAACAAUGACUUCUGGCACAUCCA